AAAGAACCAGCCGCAAAAGCGCCUAAAAUAUAUAUUUCUGCUAAUAUUUCAUGUGGCCAAAAUAGGAAUAUAGAUUAAUUUUCAAAACAAGACUUUCAGUUUAUCAAAAAAAAAAAAACAAGACUUUCAGAAAAAAUAAAAGACAAAUUUUCUUCAAAAAUAAAUUAAUUUGGAAUGAUCAUAGGAGAAAUUCGUGUAAACAAGAAACCAAAUCAACCUAGUCUCCGUAAUAAGCGACACACCAAUUGUCCUUGACCUCAAAACCUUGGGAAGAGUACUUCAGUCCACGGCAUAUCACCUUAAGAAGCUCGUACGUUGAUUUCUCAUCAAACCUGGCCAUAAAAUUCAUCACUAAGCGCGCGAAGAUCCUAUCGUCGAACGUGCUAUACCCCGACUUCCCUGUCCUGAAGAAUUGGGAGUUGCCGGCGUCGAGAGGCGCGUCUUGUGCAUGGAGACCGAAGGCGAUCACAUUGUCGGAGCUCCGGGGAGGCAGCGGGGACGGGACUGGCAACGCGGUGGACGACGCCACCGGCGUCGCCAGCUCCGCUUCUCUUUCGAAAUAGAGCCCCGUUGCCUCCGUGGAGUUGGUGAAUUCAAUGGUUUUGUUUUUGUUGGAGUUGGCGGCGGUGAGGGUGAAGCUGAAGUCGGCGGUGAGGUUGUCGCCUCUAUAAGCGAUGAUUGCCAUGGUCGCAUUCAUGACGCGGAAAACCGGUUUUAUCGGGUCGUGGGAGGACGAGUCCUUGAUACUGGCCCAAAUAGGAAGCACAAUCACAAAACAUAACAAUAUAAUAACUGUCACACUAUAACCAACAAUUACACGCAAACUAUAGCGGCAAUUGCUGGCCAUUAUGCGAUCAAAUCAAGCAAGUACUAUACGUUAGGUACGAGGUAAGAUCGGAGGCAGCCCUUGCUCUGAUCUGCCGGAGGAGGAGAUUUAAUUUAUAUAUUGAUGCUAGCUUUUACAUAUAUCAAGUUCCUCUGAUCUUAUAGUAAGAAUUUAUUUGGCAGGAAGAGAACUUUACAAAAAGUGUUGCAAAAAUGC